ACUUUUACUAUAAGAAAGUGGGUUUUGGUGCUCUAAUAAUUUUUAAAUCUCUCUGUUGCAAUUAAACUAAUUCAUUUCCUUCUUCUCUCCUCUUUUUUUAAUGUCAAUAAUCUCAUUUCUCAACUGUAGAGGAUCACCAGGGAUGUACCGCCAUUCUUAUUAUAUUCUGUAAUUAUUGCAUCCCACCAUUAGUCUCACAGCUUCUUCACUGAUUGCUCCGGCAAACCUUUUUUAUUUAUUUAUAUUUUUUUCUUCUUCUUCUUCUUCUUCUUCUUCUUCUUUUUCCUCUUGAAUUGCUGAUAAUCAGAAAGAUAUGAAGAUUCAGUGUGAUGUUUGUGAAAAAGGAGAUGCGGUGGUGUUCUGCACGGCGGAUGAGGCGGCGCUCUGUAAUCUUUGUGAUCACCGUGUCCACCAUGCUAAUAAGCUUGCUUCGAAGCAUCGACGGUUUUCUCUGCUACGUCCUGAUGCAGGGGAGGCUCCUGUUUGCGAUGUGUGUAAGGAGCGGCGAGGGUUUUUGUUUUGUCAACAAGAUAGAGCGAUUCUGUGUAGAGAGUGCGAUGAUCCAAUUCAUUCGGCUAAUGAACUCACUAAGAAGCACGAUAGGUUUCUUUUAACUGGGAUUAAGCUUUCCGCCAGUGCUGCUCUGUACGCGCCAUCUCCAUCCGGCGAGAAACCAAUUGGGAGUGGUGGUUGUGUUGUUUCUGCAUCUAAGUCAAAGGGAUCUGUCAAGAAAGUGGCUGCGGUUUCCAAGGCCCCAACGAUAUGCACUCCAAAUGUUUGUGUUAAUGCCCCAACGAACAUAACUCCAGCAGCAGUAGUGAACAAGGGAGGUGGAGGUCAGAUUGCGACCGGCGGAGGUGGAUCGGCGAGUAGCAUAUCGGAGUAUUUGAUGGAGACGCUUCCUGGGUGGCACUUUGAAGACUUUCUUGAUUCCUCUGUCUCUCCUCCUUUUGUGGAGUUUGAUGAUGGGAUAGGAUUUCCAUUUGUGGAAGGUGAUUUGAAUGGUUGUUUUUCAUCAUCGGAACGUAUAGAGCUUUGGGUCCCUCAGGGGCCACCACCGGCGCCGUAUAAUUCAGGAUUAAUGAUGAAUAAUGGAUUGAAGGACACAAAGGAUUUGGGAGUAAAUUCAUCAAAAGUCAAUAGAUCAGUGUGGACAGAUGAUGGUUUCACUGUGCCACAGAUCACAAGUACAGUCCCAUCUCCAGGCUUUAAGAGAUCCAGACCUUUUUGGUAAAAAUUGGCAUAACAAUCAAUAACCAAAUACACUUCCAUUUCCAAUUUCCAACCCUUUAUUCCUUUCUUUCUCAAAAAAGAAAAAGAAAACCCUCGUUUCUUCUCCCCGUUUUUCUCCUUCUGGCUUCUUUUACUUUUUGUUUCAUCUGUAAUUUAAUGCCUUUUUCUUUUAAAUUUUGUUUAGGUUUCACCUCAUGUACUUUUAAUAGGUACAUUCUUCUUCUUGGGGUUUCUGUUAGUUCUUUUCCUGAAAAAAAAAAUGUUUCAGCUGUAAUAUAAUGGCCUCUUCUUCUUCUUCUUUUUCUGGGGUUCUUUUACUUUAAGUUCUGUCAUAUUUGUAGUUCAAUCGGGUUUUUCUUUUCUCUUUUUCUUUUUUUGCUUCUACUUUUUGUCUGAAGUUGCACCUGUAUAUCAUCCUUGACUAAACUUCUUCUGUUGUUGGUUUUUGUUUAGUCCUUCAAUAGGGCGUGGGUCGUUCUAUAAAACCCAACCAUUUGUCAUUGUAAAUACCUUCCAAUGAGUUUUUGGAGUGAAUAAUGGCUUGAACUUGAGUGAGUAAAAAGUUCUUUUAUUUUUUUGUUGUGGAUGGGGAGGGGGUUAAGAACUUAAGAGGGAUAUCUUGUUGGUUUUCUUUGUGUAGUGGAAGGCAGUGGAUUCCCAAGCUUGCAGAGUUGGGCAACCAUGGCGGCUUUCUGUUAAUUAUCUGUUUAACUCAUAUAAUAAUAUAUAAUAUAUAUUUUGAGUUUGUUUCUUCCCU